GAUUAAUGUCGAUUAAUUAAUUCAAAUUAAUUUCUAAUCUCAGCAACGUUCAGAAUAAAAAAAAAUUCAGUGUUGAUUGUGCAGAAAAAGUGACAAAAAAGAAUAAAUUUAAUGAAGUGCUUGACUAAUCUUAAAAUUCGACACCAUUAAGAGGAUUUAAGGCAGAAAAUACAAAGAAACAGGAAAAAGUCAACGAAUCUUAUUCGCAGUGCUAUCACGUUAUUUUAUGAAAAAUGUGUCAUUUAAUGAAAAUAUAAUCCUCGAGCUGGCCGUAAAAAGAUGCGAAUUCAUAUAAAAAUUUGGACGUAAGCUAAACAUUAAUGCGACGGAUUAGAACGACAUUGUUGACGCCAGUCAUAAUAAAGAUUCGCAUGUGCACAAGAACGAAAGAAGAUUUAACAGGAACAUUUAUUUAAUUUUUUUCAUCCACAAAAACCGGAAACUAUAAUGUGAAAUGAAUAUAUACAAAUUAAUUUACUUUAUACUGGCUGUAAUAUUUGCCAAAUGUAAAAGUACAAUGAGAGUUGUAUCGGCAUCGCCAUCAACGAUUUUUACAAAAUAUCCAACAACGACACCAUGCGGUGGCAUAUUAACAGAACGACGUGGCAUCAUACAAACACCAAAUUUUCCAAAUCCCUUUCAUGUGCCACUUUCAUGUGUUUGGAUAAUCGAUGCCUCAACAACAGCAUGGGGAUUGCCAAAUGUUUCGAUAAAUGUUUAUUUAACCCAACAAUAUGUCCUCAGUGGACUUACAUUCAAGGAAUAUAUGUAUUAUAGCGAUGACUUUAAAGUACCUAGUGAGAUGGAAACUGUCGUAAAAGAGGAAAAUGUCACACGAACUGCAUCAGUUCAAGCUAAUUCGCCUUUCUUAGAGAUUAGCUUUCAAUUAGAUAACCUUUAUGGAACGCAAUUGAGAGUGAUGGACCAUUUGUUAGAUGUUUAUGGUUUUAACAUCACAUAUGAGGUCGACAUACCCAAACCAUAUCAAUGCAAUUCACAACUUUGUAGCUUUCUUGGCAACUGUUAUGCAAACUCAAACUAUACGUCCUAUUACUGCCACUGUUAUGAUGGAUACUCUGGGGUAGAUUGCAGCAGUGGUCCACUGUGUACAAAUAAUGAAAAGUACUGCGAGAAUGGAGGCGUGUGCAAGCACGUUGGUGAUUUGAAUGUAAAAUGUUUGUGUCCUUACGCAUACCGAGGCAAUAAGUGUGAAACUCACGAAUUUCUAAACGAUGAAAAUGAAUGUAAUUUAUCAUCAAAAGACUCAACGACAACUGACGACAGUAUAGACUACAUUGCAUGCUCCAGUAAGUGCUUAAACGAUCUCAACAAUAUAGAGCUGUGUAGUUGUCAUCAGAACAACGAGAUAGGACAUGGUCGAGUGAGAUUCGAGGUGACACUGAGACUUGGAAAUGCCACAUUAAUAAUGGCAAGUGACAACGAUAAUGAGGACGGAAAGAAGAAACUCAAUCCACAUUUUACAGCUUUACUUGAAAAAUAUAUAAGUCGAUUUCUACGGAAUUCCAAUAUAAGUCGAAUCAAUGAUUUAGAAAUAUUCAGCAAAACAUCAUCAGAAAAUGACUUAACGUUUCAUUUCUUCGGUGCCGAAAAUGAUUCCAAUAAGGUACGAGAAUCAAUCAAUCGAAUGGUGGAAAAGGGACGAAUUGGCAAUUUUUCACUUGUAUCUACACAUUAUGCACUACAUCAGGAACCUGGAUUAGUCUUACAGUCGCUGGAAGCAAAACCAAAAUCUCCACAACGGGAAGGAGAUGACCUAGUUUUAAUAUGUACAGCUCAUGGAUCGCCGAGAACAACUUUUAGUUGGUUUAAAAAUGGAUUUUUAUUGAAUGUUACCCGAUCAAUACGAAAAAUUUCCAUACAAAGGAAGUAUGAUGAGGGUAGCAGUAAUAUAAUAUCUGUGAUGAGAUUAAAUUCAACAGAACAACAUGAUAGCGGUCACUAUACCUGCCUGGCAUCCGAUUGGGGACUAGAUAUAUGUAAAUCAAUCAAAAUAGAAAUUCUAGCACCGCCUUCAAUUCGCUUAGAGCCACCAAGUGUAACGAUGUUUCGUGGUGAAUCGAUGCGUAUAAGAUGUAUAGCAUCACAAUCAAAUCCAACAAAGGAACGUAUUGGAUAUAGUUGGACUAAAAAUAAUGCCCUUUUUCAUUCCGAUCCACAAUUUGAGAUGUGGGAAGACUUGUAUCCCGAUGGAAGUAUCCUCACGAUACAAAAUAUCCACAAGUCUGCAACCUACUUAUGUACAUUAUCAAAUACCCUUGCAUCCGUGUCAGCAAGUAUUCAUGUUAACAUUGUCGAUUUGGAAUUGAUGAGUAUAUGUAGAGAAAAUUUAUCAUAUGGAAUUAAAUGGCCUGCUACAUCAUCUGGACCUCCAGUUUUACACGAUUGUCCAAUUGGAUAUAUUGGCAUCGCUCAAAGAUAUUGUGAACAGCAAGAUUACAAUAAAUCGGAAUGGUUAGUGCCGGAUUUUGCAGAUUGCAUCAAUCAAAAGCUUUUGAGGAUAUCGAGUGAGUUUAAAGAGCUUACAUAUGGAUUGCAAAAGACAAACGCAUCAACUUUACUCCGAUCAUGUCUAGAAUAUGUAAUGAGUCAUUAUGAUCAAUUUUUGCCCGGUGAGGCUGGCAAUCUAUUGGAUCUAACGAAAAAUAUUUAUGAAUACUCACAACAAAUGGAUGAUAAUGUGGAGAAAGAGAUUUCAUCUGAUGUUACAUUAAAAAUAAUUGACAUGAUACUCGUAAACGAGACAUCACUCAAUAAAGCAACGCAAGUACAAAGGCUCCAAGAACUUGUACAAUUUGUCGCUAUGAAUCGUGAAUCGGCAUCAUUUGUACUCCCGUCAGUUGUUGCAAAUCCAAAAUCCAUUUCAUCAUCAGCCGCAUCAAUCUCGCCGAUGAGACAACUUAAAUCUCUUCAGAUUUUCAAGAGCAACAUUAAGACACUGCCGUUCUCUUAUCAAAUAUAUGGGGAUCAGCUGUUUUCAAAUCAGUUAUACUUGUCAAUUGAUGGCAGCAUCAUGCUUACAGAAGCAAUGUCAAAUGAAAGUCUUACGAUUAGUAUUGUGACGUAUAAAAAUCUUACCUAUUUUCUACCGAAGAUGUACUUUUCAAGGAACAGCUAUGGUACUGACAUCAAUUACAUUCCGGCAUCAAAAAUAAUUUCAUCGUGGCUGUUCUAUUCGAAUCAUACGAGUAAAACCGCUUAUCUCAAUUUACCUCUGAAUGCAGCACAUGUCGAAAUUAUUUUUCAACAUGAAAACUCUCCAAAUAAUGAAUGGAUUCCUCUGUGUGGCUAUGAUUCGAAAGCCACUUAUGAUCCAAGUUGGAGAACGGAUUUAUGUAUAACUGAGAACUUAAUGGAAAACAUAACGAGAUGCAUUUGCCCUAUAUCGGGUACAUUUGUGGUGCUGUUGGUAAAGAAAAGUUUCAAUGUAAGUUCGCUGAAAAUUAAUUUUGUCCUAGACACAGAAUAAUGAAUUUUCUCAUUACAUUCUGUUUAGGUUUCAUUGAUGAAGCCCCCAAGCGUUCCAAUGAUUGUCGUCAUCUGUUGCGGUUGCUGCUUCUUGCAAUCAACGAUUGCAUUUGUCGUCUUGUUGCCAAACAUUUACAUUCGCAAAUGUUAUAUAAGCAUUAAUUUUGCAAUAAUGCAAUUCUGUCUUUCCAUAUCAGCAACGAUGUCCUUCAUCAUACUCGGAUUGUUAAAGUUUUUACCGCAAGAAUGGUAUGGACUAUUGAGUUCAAGCUUUGCGGCAAUACUGCUUUUAAGUUCAUCAACACUCAUCGCAAUUGUAUUGAUUAUACAAUCAGAAUUGGAAAUAGAAACAUCAUCAAUUUAUGCAUCAACGACAAAAUUGGCAAAUGAUAAUAGCAGUUUCGGGAGUGCAGGAAAUGUCAAUAAUGGAACGAGCAGUGGUGUUGGGAAACUGAAAAAAAUGUCAAUUAAAACAAAUACAACGACAACGACACCAUCGUCGGAGAAUUCCGAUGUCAUAUCUGACCAUCAUAAUCACUCGAUAUCCGGAGAUAUGAGUCAACAGCAGCAACAUAAACAACAGAAAGCCACAAUAAAAUUUACAAAUUUGUCAUCGACAAAUCGUGGUGUCAAAAGUGCCAUUGGUCUCAGUUGGCUUCUGCCACUGUUGUGUGCACUGUGCAUACCAAUGAUUCAUAAAAUUAUGGGUCACCGAUCAAAUGAGUGGUGGCUGGAAAUUGCAUCGUCUGACUUUAUCAUUUUUGCUAUAACCGAGAUUCUGUUGGUGUCACUCUUCAUUCUACUUUUUAUGACGCUGCUGAAGCAUCUCAUUUAUUUGGCGAAGAAAUAUGAGAAAAGUAAUGGGAAACUGAAAAAACGAAUUAGUCUGCUUAAUCGAAUUGCAUUACUUUUUGUUAUCAAUUUCCUAUCACACUCGUUCUAUUUAAUUUAUUUGAAUACUAAGGAGAAUAUUUUCUGCUAUUUGUUUAGCAUCUCAUCGAUUUUACUGGGACUGAUGAUUAUUUUAUGUUUUGUCAUCAAAGUUGAAAGUUAUGCAGUGACAGAGACAACAAGUAGUAGCACAAAAUCGAGUAUGAAAAGUAGUCUCGAUGACUUUUGUACAACGACUAUAAAUAAUUCGUUAAAUUUUUAUCAGGACAUGGAGAAAGAUAACAAAAGCGUACCAUUGCGAGUAUUUUCAAAUUCAAUGUCCAACUAUCCGAUCGAUACAAAGACGACUGUAACGAGUAUUUUGCAACAGCAGCAGGGUGCACAAACUCAACCUCAACAACAGCAGGCAACACAUCGACAUCCAAUUCAUUCAAGACUUACCGAUAUACAAAUGUGCUCGAAUGAUAUAAUUGAUUUAUCAUCGUCAUCACAAAAUGAGAAUGCCGGAGUGAAUUUGAAUGCGCAAUCACGUUCUUAUGAUGUUUCAAAAAUUAAUGCAAACAUGAUGAGUAUUUAUGAUGUGAAUGGACCUAAUAUUUCCAGUUUUGGGGAUAUUAAUGCGAAAACAAGUGGAAUUGUAAAUAAUUUGGAUAUCCUCAAGGGUAUAUCGAAAGUUCAAACAGACAGCAUAAUCGGAAUUCGAAACAAUACAUUAGAUAUAAAGAAGACAGCUCCAUUGCCUGUAAUAACUUUAACAAAUAGUGAUGGUAAGCGUGCAAGUGAUCUGGUGAUUGAUAGUGUACCGGAUCCCGAUGGAAUGAUGAAUUUAAUAUCAAAUGACUUGGAUUAUUUGCUUAAUCGUACACAAGAAGUGCCUAAUGCCACAGCUCAAGCUGUCGCUGCCACAUCAUCAAAUACCGAUAUCCAUAAUCAUCAUCAUCAGCAAUUGCCAACCGUAACACCACCGCCACCCGUUGCAUUUGCAAAUACGACAUCAUCAAUAACGUCACAAUCCAAGUUACCGACAACAGUUCUGUUACAGCAUGAUGUGAUAAUUGAAGAGUCUGAGCAUGAAGUAGAUAGUUAAUGAAAAAGUUUUACAUUCACAAAUUAAGACGAAGUAAAAAUACUGGAAUGUAAAAAAUACGUUAAACAGCUUUAAGUUUUAGUCAUUUGAUGAAAUCUCGUGUUUUUUUUCUCUUUGAUUGACUAGCUACCUUUUUAAUGUUUUGAAAGGUUAUUUAAAUCAUUUGGAAAUGAAAAUCGAAGCUUUUUGAAGAUUAUCAAUUGAAUUAUAAGAUUUUAGAUCAGUGCUUCUUAAACUGUUUGCUCUGAUAUAGCAAUUUGUAAGAAUUUGAUGAAUUUUCAAGGAAGUAUUGAGAUUGGUUGUUUUAAAUUAUCCCUCUUACAACACCUCUGAUUGAGUUCAUCAACCUUUCUUUAAUUUGACGAUCCAGUCACUCCAGAAACAAGUACUCACACCAACUCACAAACUACUCAAUUUCUCAUCUCUUACAUUUCGAAACUAAAUGGUAAUGGAAGAAGUUUUUUAAUGAAAAAUAAAACUUUUGAUUUG